GGCCCCUAAGAGCCCCAAGCGUGAUCUAGAAGCUUAGGGUUUUCGAGGUGCCAUCCGACCCGAGUACGAAGAUGCCUCGUUAUGAUGAUCGCUAUGGUAGCACACGUUUAUAUGUCGGUCGAAUAUCAUAUCGCACUCGUGCCCGUGAUCUUGAAGAUCUCUUCAGCAGAUAUGGAAGAGUACGAAAUGUGGAUUUGAAGCAUGACUUCGCCUUUGUUGAAUUCAGUGAUUCUCGUGAUGCUGAUGAUGCAAGAUACAGUCUAGAUGGGCGAGAAUUUGAUGGAAGUCGUAUUAUUGUGGAAUUUGCAAGGGGGGGUCCUCGUGGCUCUGGAGGUUCUCGUGAAUAUCUCGGAAGAGGACCACCUCCUGGAUCUGGCCGUUGCUUUAAUUGUGGAAUUGAUGGCCAUUGGGCACGAGACUGUAAAGCAGGAGACUGGAAAAACAAGUGUUAUCGCUGUGGAGAGAGAGGACAUAUAGAAAGAAAUUGCCAGAAUAGUCCUAAAAAACUCAGACGCGGCCGGAGUUAUUCACGUUCAACUUCUCCUCGUCGUGGUAGGAGCCGGAGCAGGAGUCAAAGUUAUAGCCGAAGCCGCAGUUACAGUCGAUCAAGAUCUCCUGUGAGAGAUGGACGUGGCCGAGACCGCGAAGUUCGCAGAUCAAGGAGUCCCGAAUACAGCAGGAGCCCACGGAAGAGCCCGAGGAGGAGCCCUCCACCAUCAGAGGACAGGAAGCGCAGCCCCUCACCUGACGGCAGCAGGAGCCCGAGAGACAGGAUGAGCCCUCCACCAAAGGAAGAAGCCGAGCAAUUGCGAUCGGAUCAUGGUCAGAGCCCUCCAAGGGAGAACAGCAAGAGCCCCAUGAGUCAAGAAAGGGAGAGCCCUCGGAAUGGGAGGUACAGGAGCCCAGCAGCCAAUGGGGGAAGCCCUAGCCCUAACUCUAACCCGAGCCCCCGGGACUACGAGGAAGACAAUAAUCGCCACGCUUCACCCAGGGGCAGCGAGUCUCCUCGAAGCUAACUUUGAUCUCUGACAGUCGAACAGAACCUUCAAGGUACAUUUGUGGGAUGCUAAAGUUUGAGUGAGUUAUGCUGGAUUUUGCAAAAAGAUGUCGUUAAUUAGGGUGUAAUCUUUUUGUUUUAGCAGACCUGGAACAUUGUUAUUUUUAGAAUCAUGGUUGUAUCUCGUCGUGAUUGAGAGGCCGCACCAACAUGGCUCUUACAAAGUUCUUCGAGAUGCUUGCUCCUC